AUGGCGAAUCUAAUCUUCCCGCACUCGAGCGCGCCGCUCCGGACCAUCAAGGAGAUCCAGUUUGGCCUGCUAUCUCCUGAGGAGAUCAAGGCUAUGAGCGUAGCCCAUAUUCUCUAUCCCGAGACUAUGGACGAGACCCGGACAAAGCUUCGCGAUGGCGGUCUUAACGAUCCUCUGCUUGGAUCUGUUGACAGGCAGUUCAAGUGCAAGACCUGCACCGAGAACAUGUCCGAGUGCCCUGGCCAUUUCGGUCAUAUCGAGCUGGCCCGGCCAGUCUACCACCCUGGCUUCAUCAAGCGCACAAAGAAGCUGCUCGAAAUCGUCUGCCACAACUGUAGCAAGGUGUUGGCCGAUAGAUCUGAUCCGCAGUAUGCUGCGGCCAUGAAGGUCCGAGACCCAAAAGUUCGCUUCAAGCGGGUUUGGGACAUCUGCAAGAGCAAGAAAAAGUGCGAUAAUGAUCCUCCCAAGGGUCAGGAGGAUGGAGAGUUCAAUCCCAACGGCGAUGGAGCAGACGUUUUGGUCGGAGGCCAUGGCGGUUGCGGCAACGCUCAACCGACGAUCCGUCAACAAGCCCUUACUCUUUGGGGACAUCUCGAGGUUAAAGACGAAGAUGGUGUCAAGACAAAAGAAAAGAAGCUCAUCACGCCUGAGAUGGCGCUCAACAUCUUCCGCCGCAUGAGCGAUGAGGAGAUGCUCGACAUUGGUCUUAACAUCUCACAAGCUCGGCCAGAGUGGAUGAUCAUCACUGUCCUCCCUGUGCCGCCACCUCCCGUGCGCCCCAGUAUUUCCAUGGAUGGCACGGGAACUGGCUUGCGGAACGAAGACGAUUUGACCUACAAGCUUGGUGAUAUCAUCCGUGCCAACGGCAAUGUCCGACAGGCGAUUGCGGAGGGGUCACCCCAGCACAUCAUCACCGAUUUCGAGAACCUGCUUCAGUACCACGUUGCUACCUACAUGGAUAAUGACAUCGCUGGUCAACCCCAGGCAUUGCAGAAGAGCGGAAGACCCGUCAAGGCCAUCCGGGCUCGUCUCAAGGGAAAAGAGGGCCGUCUGCGAGGCAAUUUGAUGGGCAAGCGAGUCGACUUCUCUGCUCGUACAGUCAUCACCGGUGAUGCCAACAUCUCGUUGGACGAGGUCGGCGUGCCCCGUAGCAUCGCCCGCACCCUGACAUAUCCCGAGACUGUCACGCCUUACAACAUUGCCAAGCUCACCCAGUACGUCCAGAACGGUCCGAAUGAGCAUCCGGGCGCCAAGUACAUCAUUCGCUCUGAUGGCACUCGUGUCGAUCUUCGGCACCAUAAACGUGCUGGCUCUAUUCAGCUCGAGUAUGGAUGGAAGGUUGAGCGCCACCUGGUUGAUGGAGAUUACAUCAUCUUCAACCGUCAGCCAUCUCUGCACAAAGAAUCCAUGAUGGGACACAGGGUCAAGGUGAUGCCGUAUUCCACUUUCCGCCUCAACCUGUCUGUCACAUCUCCCUACAAUGCCGAUUUCGACGGUGAUGAGAUGAACCUGCACGUACCUCAAACCGAGGAGACACGCGCAGAAGUCAAGGAACUUUGCAUGGUCCCUUUGAACAUCGUGUCGCCACAGAGGAACGGCCCUCUCAUGGGUAUCGUCCAGGACACUUUGGCCGGUAUUUACAAGCUCUGCCGGCGUGAUGUCUUCCUCACCAAGGAACAGGUGAUGGACAUCAUGCUCUGGGUUCCCGAUUGGGAUGGCAUUAUCCCUUUCCCGGCAAUCCUUAAGCCUCGUCCUCGGUGGACUGGCAAGCAGAUGAUUGGCAUGGUCAUUCCCAAGAUCAUCAACCUCUACAUGGCCUCGGAGGAGAAAGACAAGGACCACCCUUUCCAGGAUGACGGUCUUUUGAUUCAACAAGGAGAGAUCAUGUUCGGUUUGCUAACGAAGAAGAGCGUCGGCGCUUCGGGUGGCGGUAUUGUCCAUCUCUGCUUCAAUGAACUUGGUCCCCAGGGGGCUAUGGACUUCCUAAAUGGCUGCCAGAGGGUAGUCAACUACUGGCUUUACCACAAUGGACACAGCAUCGGUAUCGGCGACACCAUUCCCGACGCCGAAACCAUCGAGCUUGUCCAGAAGCACAUAGACAAGGAGAAGGAAGAAGUGCGCCGUCUGACGGUGAUGGCUACCAACAACGAGCUGGAAGCUUUACCCGGCAUGAAUAUCCGGGAGACUUUUGAGAACAAGGUCUCGACUGCGCUCAACACUGCCCGUGAUAAAGCCGGCACGACGGCCGUAAAGAGUCUCAAGGAUCUCAACAAUGCCGUGACAAUGGCUCGGUCGGGAUCCAAGGGUACCUCAAUCAACAUCUCGCAGAUGUCCGCCUUGGUCGGUCAACAGAUCGUCGAGGGAAAGCGUGUCCCGUUCGGUUUCAAGUACAGGACCCUCCCGCAUUUCACAAAGGACGACUAUUCUCCCGAGGCGCGGGGCUUCGUUGAAAAUUCAUAUCUCCGCGGCCUGACGCCGUCCGAAUUUUUCUUCCAUGCCAUGGCUGGUAGGGAAGGUUUGAUCGAUACUGCUGUCAAGACAGCAGAGACGGGUUAUAUCCAGCGCAGACUUGUCAAGGCUCUUGAGGAUGCUGAGGCGCACUACGAUGGGACGGUGCGGAAUUCGCUCGGCGAUAUUAUCCAAUUCAUCUACGGCGAGGACGGCUUGGAUGGAGCCGCUAUUGAGAAGCAACGCGUGGACCACAUCAACAUGUCUAAUAGCGCCUUUGACAAGCGGUUUCGCUUGGACGUCAUGGACGAGGCAACUUCGGGCUCCGCUCUUGAAGCCUUGGAAUACGGCAAAGAGAUGGCUAGCGAUCCAGCAGUACAGCAACUCUUGGACCAAGAGUAUGAGCAGCUGUUGGCUGAUCGCAAGCUCGUGCGGCAGAUCAAUCGUCGAAGGCUGGCCGACGAGAGCAUGCAGCUUCCGCUCAAUGUGGCCCGCAUUAUUGAGACUGCCAAGAAGCUUUUCAAGGUUGACGAGACUCAGCGGAGCGACCUCACACCCCGGGACGUGAUCCCAGCCGUUCAGGCCCUGCUUGAUCGACUGUAUGCCGUCCGUGGCAACGAUCCGAUCUCGCAAGAAGCUGACUACAACUCAACCAUUCUCUUCAAGAUUCUGCUGCGCUCGCGCUUGGCUUAUAAGCGUCUCGCCGUCGAACAGCGGCUAAACAAGCUGGCCUUCGACCACGUCCUAGGCGAGUUGGAGAAUCGGUGGUCUCGAUCAAUGGUCGCCCCUGGAGAGAUGGUUGGGGUGCUGGCAGCCCAGUCCAUUGGAGAGCCGGCCACACAGAUGACACUGAACACCUUCCACUUUGCCGGUGUGUCGUCCAAAAACGUCACGCUUGGUGUUCCUCGUCUCAAGGAAAUUCUCAACGUGGCAAAGGACAUCAAGACGCCAUCCAUGGUUGUCUACCUGGAUUCCGAGAGCGCGACCCAGGAGGCCGCCAAGAAGUUGCGUAAUGCUGUUGAGCAUACUUCUCUCCGUUCCGUCACUGCGAUCACGGAGAUCUACUAUGAUCCGGACAUUACGACGACAACCAUUCCCGAGGAUUUUGACAUGGUCGAGUCGUACUUUUUGAUUUCAGACUCGGAUCAGCAACAAGACAUCCAGCGUCAAUCACGAUGGCUGUUGAGAAUCACCCUCGACCGGCAAAAGAUGCUUGACAAGGGUCUUCGUGUUGAGGACGUGGCGCAUAGCAUCAAGAGCGAAUACCAGGGCGACAUUGCGGUGAUUUUUAGUGACAAUAACGCAGAGGAGAUGGUUAUUCGCGUGCGGGUCAUCCGCGAAGAAGACGAUAAGGAUGAGGACGGGAACAAGAUCAUCGAGGACGAUGUGAUGCUCAAGCGACUUGAGAAACAUCUUCUCGACUCCUGCACCCUCCGCGGUGUGCCGGGUAUCGAGCGCGCAUUCUUGAACAAGGGCACCAGGCUGGUCGAGCUACCUGAUGGCUCACAAGUGGCUAACAAGGAGAAGGUUGAGUGUCAAGAGUGGUAUCUCGACACCCAGGGUACAGCUCUGAGAGACGUCUUGACCAUCGACGGGGUCGAUACCAAGCGCACAUACACCAACGACCUCUAUCAGAUUGUGGAUGUGCUUGGAAUAGAAGCCGCUCGGGCUGCCCUCAUGCACGAGCUAACUCAAGUGCUUGCUUUCGGUGGUUCCUACGUUAACCAUCGGCAUAUGGCGCUUCUUGUCGAUGUCAUGACGUAUCGCGGUAGUAUCGCUGCUGUGACUCGACACGGCAUCAACCGUGCUGACACGGGCGCCUUGAUGCGCUGCUCCUUUGAGGAAACUGUGGAGAUUCUCCUCGAGGCCGCUGCUGUCGGCGAACUGGACGAUUGUCGUGGUAUUUCGGAGAACGUCAUGCUGGGCCAAAUGGCUCCUAUGGGUACCGGCCACUUUGAUGUGCUCCUUGACCCCAAGAUGUUGGAGACGGUCAUCUCGGACAAUUCCCGCAUGGGCCUGAUGCCCGGCAUGUCGCUCAAGGGAACGCAGCUGGAAGGCGCGGCGACCCCUUACGAUACAGGUUCCCCAAUGGCCGACAGCGGGUAUUUGGGGAGCUAUUCUCCUACCAUGGGCAACUUCUCGCCUAUCCAAGGCGCGGGCUCCGACAGCCCAACUGGCUUCACGACCGAGUACGGCGGCGGCUUUGGUUCGAGCACUGUCAAUCCCUAUGCGACCAGCCCGCGUGCUACCAGCCCGUUCUCCACAUCGCCAACUUCACCAUUUGGUUACGGUGGCUAUUCGCCAUCGUCGCCAGCUGGCUAUUCACCUACAUCGCCUCUUAUCGAUGCUGGAGGCCGCUAUGCGUCUAGCCCGCAAUUCAGCCCCUCGUCACCUUCGUUCUCACCUACUUCGCCAAUGUUGCGGCCCGGAAGCCCCACUAGCCCCAACUACAGCCCUACCUCGCCAAGCUACUCGCCUGCGUCACCCGCAGCGACCCGGCACUAUUCACCCACUUCCCCGGCGCAGUUCAACUCGCCAACGUCCCCGUCCUACUCCCCGACGAGUCCUAGCUACAGCCCGGCGUCGCCGAAUCUGCAUGCCACUUCCCCGUCGUACUCCCCUGCGUCGCCGACGUGGUCGCCCACUUCACCUGAUGCCUAUUCGCCGACGAGCCCGUCGUUCCAACGGUCGCCUGGGCAGCAGAUGUCUCCGACCAGCCCUGGCUACUCCCCAACGUCGCCUUCAUUCUCGCCGAGGACCCCGGGCCGUGGCCCGUCCGGAGGAGGUGGUGACCAGUACUCACCCACCUCUCCGACGAAUGAUUGA